GGUUUCUUCGCCCCAUUUAAGAUCUCCUUCACUUUCUCUGUUUGAUAUCUGAUAAAAUACAAGAAAAGUUCCUUAACCUCCAACCCUUCAGAAACACCUACUUGAUUCUCUUCCUCUAAACUUUUUUCUUUCAUUUCCAUUUUUCCCGAGAAAAUAUAAUUACGGUUUAAAAAAACGAUGGCAGCAUCAUCAGAAAACCUAUCAACCUUCGAAACAUCACCGUUUCAUUCCCUCUUAACCGAUCCCUGGAUCGCCGAAUCCUUUUCUCGCGACACACAAGUGUUAACGAGAGCGUUACAAAAAUCAAUCUCCGAUUCCAUCACCGAUCCCAUCGUUUCACCGGCGCCUGAACCGGUACCCAAACGAUACCGAACCGCCGGUCCAUCGCCCACUGGAAAAAUCUCCAAACGGAAGCCCCGCGCCUCGAAGAGUUCUCGAACUACUUUUAUAGCAGCAGAUCCAGCUAAUUUCAGGCAGAUGGUACAACAAGUAACCGGAAUCGGAUGCGGCGACGGAAAGACGACGACGACGGUGAGUCCGAUCCUUAAACCGGAGCCUCAAAGACUCGGUAACCGAUUACAUAACGGUGCCGGACCUGGAUUUUUACCUACGUUAGACACGUCGGUGGCGUUAUUGAAUCAUCAACAGCCAUGUUUUGAAACUUUCUCAAGCUUUCCCACAUUAGAAUCAUGGAAAGUUUAGGGUUUUUUUUGUAUCCGACUGUACUUGUAGCAGAGCAUGUGGAGGAGCUGUUUCAAAAAACUUAGUAUGUAAAAAAUGGGUAAAUUACUGUUUUAGUCCAUAAAUUUUUAAUUUUGUUAA